GAGAUGAGGACGCUCCAAGCAUCUGCCGCCACUCCAGCACCCGCAAAUACCACGUCGCAACUGUCAGAAACGCCCAUUACCGCCCAAACCGAAACCUCCACAUCGCUUUCUACGGAUAACAAGUCGUCUGAAAGUGCGCAGCCCGCUACAUCGUCAUCCGCAAAGCUCCCAGCUCCCACCAACCUAACUCGCGCAGAGACUGAAGCCAUUGGCCCUUCCACAGAUACGCCCGCUGCAGCUCCCGAUAACUCAAAUGGCCCGGUACUGGUGAUAAUGCUGCUCCUUACAACUGGUGCGAGACACCCGUAUAAGAUUGACGAGAAAUAUUUGAAGAAGCGUAAUGUUGCGGUGGAGGCAAUGGACCCAUACAACAUCAGCGUCUAUACACUCAAGGAGUUAAUAUGGCGAGACUGGCGGGAAGAAUGGGAAACUCGGCCUACCUCACCAAGUUCAAUACGAUUGAUCCAUUUCGGUCGCAUGUUGGACGACAAAUCGCCACUAAAAGACUGUCGGUUCCAAAUAGACAAUCCGAACGUUGUUCACAUGACUGUGAAGCCUCAAGAGGUGGUUGAUGAGGAAGAAAACGCAAAGACCGGGAAAGGCGCGAAUCGAAGAGACGGCGAAGAUGAGCCUACAGCCGGCUGUCGUUGCGUCAUCCUAUAGAAGCAUUUGCUAGUCAUUCAAAUACCGGCUCCACGGUGUAUCUCCUUGCGACGUCAACCAAGACGGGCGGCCCAGGCAUCCACGGCAGGUUUGGUAUCGCUUGAGUAUCUGGCAAGCAGCGUCUAUACCUGUUUCAGCACAUCGACAUUUCGAAUACGCUAUUUCACGAGGCACGCCAUUGUUGAGUAUCAUGUGCGCCUUCGAACCGGGAACUGCACUGGCGAAGACACCUAAGGCUUGAGUGGUGGUUUGUCAAGGAUUGGUUCGGCAGUCAGCGAUAUUCUCUUUUCAUUUGUACCUUUUCUUCCUAUGUGCAUAUGGGCCCUGUAGUAGUUCGGUCUAAUCGGAGACUCGGCGUUUGUUAUUAUAAUAUCAGGUGUACAAGUACGCCUCCGGGGAGGAACAUACAUAUUGCAGUUUUUAGACGGUUCAGGGAAUAGACGUCCAUUGGACAGUGUCCAAUGAUUCUGCCC